AUGGAAGGGCAAGACCCAGAAGGACCUGGAACAAGGAAGAGAGCAAGGAAAGCCCACCAUGCUGUACAAGCUGGGAGUGCUGUUGCAUUCUGGGAAAGAGCUGUGCCAGAGACCCUGGCUAAGGACACCGUGACCUCAGAUGUAUGUCGUCAAUACUUCCGGCGCUUCCGCUACCCUGAGGCCAAGGGGCCUCGAGAAGUGUGGGGACCAACUGUGAAGACGGAAGCGACAAUCCCUGAGGCGGAAAGGGCUCCCUUGGAGCAAGGGCAGAGGGCGCAGGCCGUGGAGCAUGCCCAAGAUGCCCUCUCCUUUGGUAAGGACUCUUCAUGCCUGAAUGCAACUCCGAGAUCCAUUCAGUGUGGAAAGUACUUCAGAAAUAGACCACAGCUCCUUGUGCACCAAAGAACAUACAGAGGCGAGAAACGUUUUGAAUGCUCAGAGUGCAGAAAGAGAUUCAGUAGCAGCGGCAAUCUUCAGCGGCAUCAGAGUGCCCACAAAGGGGAGAAACCGUUUGAAUGCUCAGACUGUGGAAAGAGAUUCAAUGAGAGUGGCCAUUUUCAAGUCCAUCAAAGAACCCACACAGGAGAGAAACCUUUUGACUGCUCAGAGUGUGGGAAAAAAUUCAGUAGCAGUGGCAAUCUUCAGCUGCAUCAAAGAACCCACACAGGGGAGAAACCCUUUGAAUGCUCAGAAUGUGGAAAGAAAUUCAGUGGGAGUGGCCAUCUUCAGCGACAUCAAAGAACCCACACAGGGGAGAAACCUUUUGAAUGCUCAGAAUGUGGAAAGAGAUUCACUGAGAGUGGCCAUCUUCAAUAUCAUCAAAGAACACACACAGGGGAAAAACCUUUUGAAUGCUCAGUGUGUGGAAAGAAAUUCAGAAGUAGUGGCAGUCUUCAACUGCAUCAAAGAACUCACACGGGGGAGAAACCUUUUGAAUGCUUAGAGUGUGGAAAAAAAUUCAGUACUAGUGGUAAUCUUCAACUGCAUCAAAGAACCCAUGCUGGGGAGAAACCAUUUAAAUGCUCAGAGUGUGGAAAGAGAUUCAGUGUGAGUGGCCAUCUUCAACGGCAUCAAAGAAUCCACACAGGGGAGAAGCCUUUUCACUGCUCAAAGUGUGGAAAGAGAUUCAGUCAGAGUGGCCAUCUGCAUUAUCAUCAAAGAACCCACAUAAAGGAGAACCCUUUUGAAUAUGCAGAGUGUGAAAAGAGAUUCCAUAGGAGUGGCAAUCUUCAACAACAUCUAAAAACUCACACAGAGGAGAAAUCUUUUGAAUGCUCAGAUUGUGGAAAGAAAUUCAGUAGUAGUGGCAAUCUUCAACAGCAUCAGAGAACCCAUACAGGGGAGAAACCAUUUGAAUGCUCACUGUGUGGAAAGAGAUUCCGUAGCAGUGGCAAUCUUCAACUGCAUCAAAGAACUCACACAGGGGAGAAACCUUUUGAAUGCUCAGUUUGUGGAAAGAAAUUCAGUCGCAGUGGCAAUCUUCAGCUGCAUAAAAGAACCCAUACAGGGGAAAAACCUUUUGAAUGCUCAGAGUGUGAAAAGAAAUUCAGUACUAGUAGCAAUCUUCAACAGCAUCAGAGAACUCACACAGGGGAGAAACCUUUUGAAUGCUCAGCAUGUAAAAAGAGAUUCAGUCAGAGUGGCCAUCUUCAGCAGCACCAAAGAACG